ACGUCAACGGUCAAAGUUCAAAACGUAGAAAACAGAAACAGCAUGGAGACGGAGGAGAGGAGAAGGAGCGGAGCCUCCUCUAAAACCUCUAAAAAAGGUGGAAAACGUGUCAAAGCACUGACCGCUGAGGAGGAAGCAAGAAGGAGAGAACUGGUGAAGGAGAAGCUGAGGGAGAAGCUGGAGCUGGAGAGAAGAGCUCUGCAGAUAGUGGAGCGUCUCCUGGAGGACAGCGUGACUGAAGACUUCCUGACUGACUGCGCUAAAUUCAUCACUCCAGCUAAUUACAAAGAUGCUAUCGAGGAGAGAUCCAUUGCUAAACUGUGCGGUUAUCCCAUAUGUCCGAAUAAACUGGGCAAGAUCCCAAAUCAACAGUUUAAAAUUUCUACUAAGACCAAUAAAGUGUACGACAUUACAGAGCGCAAGUGUUUUUGCAGUAAUUUCUGCUACAAAGCCUCCAAAGAGUUUGAGCUCCAGAUAUCAAAGACGCCUCUUUGGCUCAGGCAGCAUGAGAGCCCUCCAGAAAUUAAACUGAUGAAGAAAGGAGAUGGAGGGAGCUCUGGUGAGGAGGUGAUGCUGGCAGAGAGGCGUCUCCAGGAGGAGGACAUCGAGAACCCGCUGCAGCCUGAGGACCUUCACAACUCUCAAGAGCAGCAUCAUGCCGCAGGCGACCUCGGCCACAGCGACAGCAGCGACUUGGAACAAGAGCAAGACUUUGUCUCCAGCGUGGUCUCCCAGCGGCAGGGACCCAGGGUGCACUGGGGUGACCUGCCUAAACGCACAGAUGAAGACAAGAAAGGAAAGCGAGGGAAGACAGAGAAAAAGAAAAAGAGUGGAGAGGGAGAUGAAGAGGAGAUCAAGCAAAUUCAGGAUGCAGAGAGGGAGGGAAAAAUGAGAGAAGAUGGGGAAAGAAAAGAAACACAUGCACCUAAAACAGAAGUUAGAACUGAUGCUGAAAGGUUGCACAUAAUAAACACUGACCUGGUACUGCCAGAGGAGGAAGACCUGUCUGAGAAACCCAGUGUGGAGGAGGCUGCAGCAAAGAUGAAUUUGUGCAGUUUGUCUGAGACGGUCACUCACACUGUUUCACCUUCGCAGCCAGAACACACCACACCACUCACCUCUCCUCCACUUACUGACUCAAACCCCCCAACAGAAAGCAAACACGUCUCCUCUUCAACACUAACCACCACUGAUCAGAACAACCACAACACAACAACACCCUCCCAGCCAGAACUCAACAUCACCCAGGUGGGUAUGAGCAAGAAAGGGGCAGCAGGGCUACGAGAUCUACUCAAGAACUGCACCGCCACUGCACCCACACCCGACUCCAUCCGGCUGAAUCUCCUCGAGUGCUUGAAAAGAACAUUGAAGGAGUGGAGCACUGACGAGACCUUAAAGUUCCUGUACGGUGAUGACCAUUCACUAGGCUCUCCAUUUGCUGAUGUGAAAGAAGAAGAGGAGGAGGAGGACAAAGAGGAGGAGCUGGAUGAAGAUGACCUUGAGGAUGAGGUGACAGCGGAGGAUGGUAGGGGGGCUGACACUGGGAUGCUGAAGAGACCGUCAGCUGCAGUUCCAGAUUAUAAAACGCUGAGGGAUGAGACCCAGCAGAUGGAGCUCAGAGUCAGAGAGUUUUAUAAAGGGACAUGGAUUCUGCCUGAGGAAGUGGAGGCGCCGAGUGGAAACAAGGUGACAGCCCAGGACCAGGGCAAGAAGGACCCUGUUCUGCCGCUCGUGGACUCUAAUGCUCAGCACCUCAUCCAGAAACGAAUCACAGUGGAGAAGCUCACCAGUUGUCUCAGAAACAUUGUUGGUCCACUGCGUCUCACCAUGAAUGACAUCUCCACUGACCUGAACAGGCUGGUCAGAACAUUCAGGUUCACCAACACAAACAUCAUCCACAAAACUCCAGAGUGGACCCUCAUAGCUGUGGUUCUUCUACAUCUGUUGUCAGAGGUGUCUCUGGUGGUGCGAGAGGCCUUGGAGACGACAGCCUCGGUGCAGUAUCUGAAGACGUUGAUGGAGGAACUCUGUCUACAGGAGCAUGAUCUGUUGAACUUAGUCCGGCUGUUCAAAACCCCAACACACUGACACACACACACACACAGAGAGAGAGAGAGAGAGAGAAUCAGGUAUGGACAUGUGAAUACUGAAUACACACACAGGAGCUCUGACUGAGUAUGUGUGUAUCAGAUGUUUACUAUAAUGUUUAUUUUUCAAAAUAAAUGUAGUUGUAAUAACCGUUAAA